AUGCCUAGCCAGAUCGCAACACCGAUUCCCGUCACGCCUCCGCGCAAGACGAUGCGCCUGGUCACCUCCGAAGACCUCUUCGCCAGCUUAAACGCUACUCUGGCAUCCACAGGCAACAAGCCGCAAACACCUGUCCGCAACAUUAAGGAACGAGACUGGGAUGUCCCGGCACCUCCGCCCCCAAGCCCAAAAGCACAUCACCAUUUUAUGACAGCCUUGGAGGGAACCUGUACGGUGUGCGCGUUGCAUGCGUCUGAAUUGGGGAACGAGUUCUUGCCGUUCUUUUUAGGAGUCAAGGUGUAUAAAAAGCAUGGGGCCGAAGGGGCCAGAUGUCGGUCGGGUCUACACAAAAGUCUCAUAUUUUCAUCAUCAUCGGAAGGGACAAAUGGCGUCGAUAUGGAAAUCACCGCCGAGGAGGUCGGUAUGGCUAGAGAAGUUUCACUCCCCGAGGAUGUAUCACUACGAGCAAUGCACAUUGGAACCAGUCGUAGCUGGUAA